AUAUGAGUGUCACCUUAAACAUCAAUGGAAAAUAAGUUACUUGUAAACUAACUGAAACAUUUGGUGAUCUUUUUGAUGAAAAUGUUAAUUCUGGUAAAUUUUAAGAUAAAGUUUGGAAAAUAGAUGGUUAAAUAAAAUUAAAUAUCCUUAAAAACACAAAGUUAAAUUAAUUCAUUUAAGGAAAUGAAACUAUUUAAUGCUUAGUAAUUAAUAUUAUUAAAUAUUUUAGGAUAAAUAAUAAGCUAAUCAAUUUCCUAAUUAAAUUGGUUAAUCUGGUCCAAUUAUGGCACCUUAACCACAAUCACCCUUUAUACCCGUUGCAUAGCCUACACCAUCUUUUAUUUCUACUUAAUAACCAUCAUCACCAUUUUAAUAACAACAAUAAAUGUAAAAUUAACCAUAACCUGUAUUAAAUUAAUAAUAACCUUAAUUUCCAUCUAAAACAGGUCCUACAAAUGUAUAAAUUGCUCCAUUAUAAUAAUUUAAUAAACCAAAUAUUAGUGAAUAAUUAUAAAAAUAAGCAAAUUAAGUGAUAAUAAAUAAACCAAAUAUAAAAAGAUAAUAAAUAGAUGAUAGAAGUGGUCAAUAAGAAAUAAGGUAUUUUGUAUUAUAUAUUUAAAAGUAAAGUUAUCAACAGAUUUAAUAUUUAAAUUUCAGAAUAUGGAAAAAAGGUUAUAUUAGAAUUAAAUGAUGGUUCAUUCAAAGCAACAUUUUUAGAAGAAAAUGCUUCAGAAGUAUAUUUAUUUCUUAUAUUCAUUUAGGAUGAAUAAGAUAAUAUUGUUUUAUUAUCUAAUGACGUUAUUCAACAACCAGAAUAUUAACUUAAAUUACCAAUGGGAAGAGAUUCAACAAAAUCAACUAAAGUUUUAUUUUUAUAAGGAUUUAAAGGAAUUGCUAUUAAAUGGGUAACAGGAUUAUAAACUAAAUUUUAAUUUUGGAUUGAUGAAUGA